UGUGCUUGCUGGGCGCUCAGAAGCGAUAGACCACAGAGACGGAGAGAGAGAGAGUCAGGGCCGAAUCCCACGGCCGCCUGUACGCCUCACUCCGCAGCUGUGAAAAAAAGGAGGAAGAGUCGGGUUUGUGUCGAGACUGAGUGGAAAAGCAGAAAAAGAGAGAGACAGCGAGGGGAAAGGGUAGGAUCAGAGAGAGAGAACUGAAGUUCCGUUGAAGGUGACAGACGCAGGUGCCGCAGCGGAAACUCUGCUCUGUUCAGAAGAAAGGUUGGUCACAGGACUACUGCAGAACACACACACCUGGCUGGUGUGGCUGGUGUGUGCGUGUGUGAAGGCUACGUAUCACAAAGCGGUAGGAGACAGAGUGCCGUGCCCCUUCCUCUUUCCCUGGGACGUCGUGACACCUGCACCAUGAGAACCACGGACUCCUGAGAGGAACAGUGCUGCUACUUCACCCCACGCCCUGCUCCCUGCACCCCCCCCUCCCCCCAACCGAAGACCGAGGACCGGGCCUCCAUGAAGGGAAGUAUCAGCAUGAGCAGCGGAUACUGCAGCCAAGACGAAGAGAGCGACGACUUCGCCUUUUUCACCGCGAAGAGCUCCUUCUUCCAGCAGACGCACGACCAGCAGGAGGCUAAGGGUACAGAUGGUCCGUACACUGGCGUUAUUGAGGUGCACCUAAAGCUGCGGAGGCCGGUCUCCGUGGAGACGGUGGGUGGCGUGUCCGUCCUGCGGUCUGAGGAAGUGAAGCGCGUUCAUGUGAGCAGCAGCACUACAGUCCGAGAGGUCAUCCAGGGCCUGCUGGGAAAAUUCAGCGUCCAGAACGACGCCUCCAAGUUCACACUUUACCGCCAGACGCACCGCGACGGCCAGGAUGUUCUCCAGAAGCUGUCUGCCUCGGAACAUCCCCUGUGCCAGCGGCUGGGGGCACCGCCUGAGCCUGACCCCAAGUCCAAGGCCCUGACGUUCGUGCUGAGGGAGAACGAAGUGGCAGGCGUGGAGUGGCAGGCCUUCUCAGUGCCCGAGCUGCAGAACUUCCUGACCAUCCUGACGAAGGAGGAGGAGCUCCGGGUGCAGCAGGUGGAGCGCCGAUACAGGCAGUACCGGGAAAAGCUCAGCCAGGUGCUGCAGGAGGCACAGGGCAAGCUGGGGUAGACCCGCACCCACCCCACCCCCCAGAGCGCUGCCCACAAAACAGGCUAAUGUGGGGAGAGAGGCUGUGCUCAGGACACUCUCCGCAAAGCCCAGCCCCUCUCUGUGGAGGAAGGUGAACACUGAACACUACUGCUGGGGGUGGGGUCAAGACCAAAAAACAGCCAAUGGGGGAAGGAAUGGGCCAAGAUGUACGCGGGUCAUCUCCAGCUUGAAAUGACAAAAGAGUUUGUGUGAGGGUCUUCCACAGCAUGCCUCAUCUGUCAAUCUGUGCUGGGAGUCAGCCCCCAUCUUUCAAAGGUCUGAAGUGUGUGGAAGUGGAAGUGGAGUUCAGAUGGUAUUUUUAGCCAUGUUUUAGUUAGAUUAAGUGGAGCUAAACAGGGAUACAAGCACACACCGCUGGCACAAUCUGCUGUGUUCGCAGAGCUGUCUUCGAAACUAAACACUGGGUUUUGGUUCUUCAAAAAAAAAGUAAUCCUCCCCUUUUAUUUUAAACUGGAAUGCCAAAUCAUAAUCGUCAUCAGUGCUCAUUGCAACUGAUCGAAGUGAACGCGAACAAGCUUGUGCCCUCCUCCAAAGCACACAAGGCUAAGCGCUUCUUAUCAGACCACAAUCUGCACAUCAGACUCGCAAAGACAUGAGUCAGAGGAAGACGCUUCUAGUGCAAACUAACAGUUUCUCGAUUGUCCAGUGGGAGUCACUAGUGGGCGAUGAGACACUGUCAUCCCAACUGGCUGAAACCCUCCCAGCCCUGGACUGGUGCAGUGCCUCAACAGGAUGUAAGCUUUAUUGAACCCUGUGGGGUAAUUUGUCUUGUUACUUAAGAGUAACUAGCAGCAUGCACAGCAGUGCUCACUGGCUCCAGUUCAUUCCCACACUCCUGGCUCGAGGUGAAGGUCACAGGUCUGUGAACAGGUCUGUCUGGUCUAACUGGAGCUGGCUUCAUCCAGUGUGGGCUACAGUACCCACACUGCAUCUCCCUUGCAGCUUCCUGUUAUGAGUCAGCCCUGUUUUUACUCUGAGAGGAAAAUGGCGCAUUCGUUUGUGCACCAGCACUCUCUCUGUAUUCCUCAUACAUACUGAGAUGCCAAGCAGGUUAUUUCAUCCUCUGUAUCCAAGUUGAAUCGAUGAAUGAGAGAUAUUCAUCUCAACAGAAAGUGUAAUAUUAACAAGAGUGAAUGUGUGUGAGAACUUCCACGUUUGAGAAGUGAGAAGCUCUUCUUCCUACUUGGUGUUGUAUGAAUGCUUAAACAGGGGAGUUUCCCUAGGCUCGGUCUCUCGAUAGAGAAGUGAGUACAGAAGUACUUUGUGCUUCUCUCUCUGACUUAAAAAGACAGUAACUGGAGGUUAUAUACCCUUUUAGACUGAGCUGAGAAACACCAGGAGGAAAGAGUUUCUGCACCUUCUAAAUCUGCUGAGGUGGAGAGAAGAUCUGUGAGAUCAGCUAAGCAAGUGGUACUGUAUAGUGAACUGUAGAGUCUGUAUACGUCAUAAACAGAUCAAUGUUUCUAAGAACAAAUAAUAAACACGCUCACCUUCCACCACAGCAACACACACACAUACACGCAUGCACACGGACACGCACACGCCCCCGCACACACACUUCAUUGUUAUGUGUAAGCAUGUGCACGCUGUAUGUCCACAUUUAGUGUAAGUUGUAAAACAAUGCCGAGGUGUAAACAUUUAAAAGGGAUUUUACCCUUCACCCAGAACCACACCUCUCGAUGCUUCACCCAUCCAUCCGAGACCCUUACCUUCAAAAUCCUGCCACCCGUUCGAUCCCUCAAACAGACACAGCCUGACAGUAGGUGGGUCACCAGCAGACCCUCUGGGGGUUGUGCCCUGGUCCUGAUGUAGACAACCCUGUCGGCAGUUUGUUUUUUCUUUACAAAAAAUAAGUUCGCUUCCUGGUCUUGAGAUGUUGCUCAUUCGCACCAGUGCGGUUGGCUGCAAUAUAGGUCUCAGCCACACAUUUAAAUGUUAAUGUAGCAAUAUGGUGAAAUUAUUUUCCUCAAAAGAGCAUGUAGUCGUAAUAUUUUUUCUUUUCAUUUUUUUUUCUUUGUCUGUCUCCCCAUGUAACCAUUGGUUAAGUUGUGUAAUUUGGAUAAUAUUUUAAUAUUUUGUGUAUGAAUCAGACCCAGCCCAGAUGCCAUGUUCAUGUUCCCUACUGUGCAGCCAAUCUGUACAACAUGGUGUUACUUCCACAGUUUAAAAUGUUUUUCACAAGCCCAUGGAAAGCCAAAUGGUGACACCACAGUCACUUUGUCCAUAUUCCUCCAGUCUAUGCUAACAACACAAAUGAAUUAUCAGGCUUAAUGAAGGCAGGUGACCUCAUCACUCAUUUCACCAGUCAGACUCGAAGUGGCUCGGGGGAAACUAAACCCAGACACAACAGCGCCUUCAGCCUGAACUCUCCCAUUUCACAGAAUUUAUAUCAGAAAAUAUCAAUCUCAAAUAUUCAGACACAAAUAUCAGAGCUGGUCACACAGGAUGCAUUGUGUAGAUGUGGUUUACUGCUGCUUACGAACAAUCGCCAUUGAGAAACAAAUGUGUACAAAUGUCUGUAAAGCUAGUAAAUAAAAUAUAGAUCCAUUUUA